GUUAUGUAUAUGCACAGAGAUCAGGUACAGGUACAGGUACAGGUACACCUGAUCCUUAUGGUUAUACAAACUGCAUCAUCAUCAUAUCCAAAGAUAUGGCAGAUUCUAGUUCAUUCUUCAUCUCCCUCCCUGAAGAUAUCAACUUCAAAAUCGCUUCACUUCUUCAGGUGCGUGAUUUGUGUGCUUUGGGUUGCUGUUCAAAAUUCUGGAGAAAACUAUGCUUCUCAGAUUCCAUUUGGCACUCUCUUGUCACUAACAGAUGGCCCUUACUCCAUUCCUCUCUCUCCCCCUAUAUCAAGACAUGGAGAAGAUUGUACGUCGAGAGGCACGUCGAGUUGGGAAUUAGAGCAGGGUCUGUUGAGAGGUUUUUGAAAGCAUGUUCACGUAAUGAAUCGCUUGAGGUUGGAGACUAUCUGCAAGCCUUUGAAAUCAUUAAUGGCGCAAGGUUUGGUUUUGAAGACAUCCAGAGGUUCCUGUUUAAACCUCAAAUGAAUGUGUUGCUUAACUUGGUUGGUGUGCAUUAUUGCAUGACAAGCCUUGGGAUUCCGGGUGAUGAUCUUGUAGAAGCCCUUCGGACUUGUGAGAUAUCAAAUCGGCAUGUAUGCGUCAAGUGGUGGAAACUUGGUAGGUGGAUCUAUGGCUACCGCGGUAGGGAUGAGUUACUUUUUCGUUGGGUUUCUUUGGCAGAUCUGGCAACAGAAGACGGUGAGUCUGUUUUGGGAGUGCUUCGUCGAGGUACUGUUCAUGAGGUUUUACGUGUUCAGAUAUCUGCCAUUGGUCAUAAGUCAAUUCCUUGGUCCUAUCAGGUUACCCAGAGAUUGGAAUAGUCACAAGGAUAUCACCUAAAAGUGUUAAUAUUUAUUAGCACCAACUAUAAGUGUCCAUAUUUAUCAGUAAUAGCAUGUGUGAAUAUCUAUUAGUAUGUGUAUAGUUAUAGUUUUACAAAAUUCUGCAAUAAUGAUACAUGUGUAGUAUAUCAUCAAAGACAGUACAGUGAUAAAUUAUAAUGCUCAUUAUCUUCUUCCCAUUGGAAUGUUAGAUCUCCA